GUGGAGAAACAUGGCGGCGACUGUGGCCGUAAAGCCCGAAUAAAGCGCAGAGUAAACACCACAGCUGUACCGGCCGAACCGGACCGGAGCGGACACUCAUGACAGCCGUGCACGUGUAGUGUGUGUGCGUGUGUGGCGUGUUUCUGACGCGCGUGUGUCCGUGUUAAAGCCGCAGGGACCGCAGAGAUGAUGGAGGACGACGAGCGACAGAAGAAACUACAGGCCGGCAAAGCUAAGCUGGCCGAGUACCGUCAGAGGAAAGCUCUGUCUGAUGGACAGAAGAAACAGAAGAAGAGGAAGAAGAAGGGGGAAUCAGAGGAGCAGAGAAGAGAUGAUGAAGAUCAGACGCUGGGGGAACAGAGAGGAGAUCAGACCACCGUCUUCUCUCUCUCAAAGACUCUCCGCAGCGGUGAAACCGUCACCCACGAUCAGACCUACGCCAUAGAGCCGGAGAGUGAGGUGUCCACGACGGCAGAAGACUGCUCCUCAGAGGUGAAUGGUUUCCAGGAGAGGACAGGAGAUGGUCUGGCGUCUGUGAUGGGGGAGGACGAAGAGACGCACGUGGAGCCGGACCUCCAGAGCGGCAGUCCGACACAGAUCGUGCAGGAUGAGUUGGCUGCUAAAACUCUGGCCAUGGAGGAGCUGAGUCGAGAGCUGGAGGAGAUCAGGGCUGCGUUUGGAACUGAAGGAGUACAGCAGCUGCAGGACUUUGAGGAAGCGUUGAAGCAGAGAGAUGAAAUCAUCACGCAGCUCACGACCAACCUGCAGCAGGCGCGUGUGGAGAAAGAGGAGGUGAUGAGAGAGUUUCUGGAGCUGACGGAGCAAAGUCAGAAACUUCAGAUUCAGUUCCAACAGCUGCAGGCAGGCCAGAUACUGAGAAGCUCCAGCAUCAGCUCCACCGCCGCUGAUCUUCUACAGGCCCGUCAGCAGAUAUCACUAUACCAACAACAGCUGGAGGAGAGGGACGCACAGGUCAAAGGUCGCCAGGAGAAGACACAGGAACACCUGUUAUUAAUCUCACAGCUUCAGGAGAGGCUGGAUCAAGCUGACACGGUCCGCUCACAAGCUGAAGAAUCAUUAUCUCAGAGGUUACAAGAUAAAGACCUGCAGACUUUAUCUCAUAUCCAGGAUCAGCUGCUGACCACCACGCAACAACUAGAUGAAGUGAACAAACAUCUGUCUGCAAAGACUCAAGAGCUGGAGAACUGUGAACGAGAGCUCUCUGUGUCCAGACAGAAAGAGAGAAUGUCAUCUACAGAAAUACUGCAGCUCAUGAAGACCGUAGAGGACCUUCAACAGCGCUGUCAUCAGGGCAGCCAAUCAGAGGGCCAGACCAUCCAGAGAAUAGAGGAAGAUUGGACACGCAGGAUGGAUCAGCUCCGGGCCGAACUGGACGAAAUGUACGGGCAGCAGAUCGCGCAGAUGAAGCAGGAACUUCGUGUCCAACAUGCGUCAGAGAUGGAUCGAAUGAGAGAGCAGCAUUCAGAAGACACGGAGAAGAUAGUCCUGCAGCAUUGCUCAGAACUGGAGAGGUUCAAAGGUCAGCUGUCGCACAGCACCGGAGACGUCAACGUCCUAAACGUGAGGCUGAUUGAUCUGCAGCAGAAGCUGCAGGAGUCGCAGGUGUUGCGAGAGAAGGCAGAGCGGGAACUGAUGCAGAGUAACGCAGAAAACAUCGACCUAGUGAAUCAAAUGGAACGUUUGCACCAGGAGCUGCAGUCGGUCAGAGCGGAAGUGGAAAUAAGAUCCAAGAGUCCAGAGAGAAGCCGGAUGGAUUCGCAGCUGCUGCGUGACGCCAUCAGUGACCUGCAGGCGCAGCUGGACGCAGCACAGAAGACCGCCAGUGACAUGGAGGCCAAGCACGAAUCAGAAAUCACCAACUACAGGAUCAAACUGGACAUGCUGGAGCGGGAAAAAGACGCAGUGCUGGACCGGAUGGCGGAAUCCCUGGAGGCCGAGCUGGAGCGUUUGAGGACGCAGCUGCUGUUCAGCCACGAGGAGGAGCUGUCACAACUCCGAAACGACCUCCAGCGAGAAAGCCAACUCAACGGGGAGAACCUGCGAGACGAGAUGGCCGUGAGACACCGCGAGGCCGUGGAACUCUUACGGAUGGAUUUCGAGGACAAGCUGAGGUCCGUUGAGGACGAGCGGGCGGUGUUGGCGGCAGAGAGAGGGGCGCUGCUUCAAGACAUCUCAGUGCUGAAAACCGAUCUGAAUCGGGCGCUGGAGAGCUCGCGGGCUGAAGAACUUGUCAUACAGCUGCGGGAACUACAGACGGAGGCGGAGAAUCUAAAACGGAGAGGUAAAACGAAAGAGGGAGACUGGGAGAGGCGAAGACAAGAGGUGGAAUCUGAAAACAAGAUAUUAAAGGAGACCAACACGGCCAUGAGGGACGAACUGAUGCUCUUGAAAGACGAUCAUGAAAUUCUCCUGCAGAAAACACAACAUCUGUCUUUAGAGUAUGAACAGACGCACACGCGACUGAAAGACCUUCGGGACGAGAUAGAAAAGCAGAGAAACACUUUCUCCUUCGCAGAGAAGAACUUCGAGGUGAACUACCAGGAGCUGAAGGACGAGUAUACGUGCCUGGUGAACGCGAAAGUUCAGCUGGAGGAGCGUUUGAUCAAAGAAACCAUGGAUUAUGAGACCAAACUCAGAGAGCUUCAAACGAGAAACAAAACUGAGGAUGAGGAGGCGCUGGUGGAAAAAGACGCCACUGAGCUGAUGGAAAAACUGGAGACGUCUGAGAGAGAGAAGAAGAUCCUGACACAGAGCCUCUCUGAAUCCAUCGCUCAGGUCACGCUCAUGGAGGCCGAUGUCAAACGUCUUAAAGAGGAGCUGAAGCGAGACCGAGGUGAGACUGCUGAAGACUGCAGUGUGGCAGGUGGGCCGUGCUCUCUAGAAGCUCAUCACGCACACAUCAGAUGUUUGGAAGAAGAGACUGAGACGCUGAAAUCGUCUCUGACGAGCGCAGAACGAGAGCGCGAGCGCCUUCGUGACUUGACGCAGGAGAAUUCUGCUCUGGUGAAGCGGCUGGGGGUUUACAGAGACCCCUCCUCUCAGGCAGCAGCAGCAGCGCAGCAGAGCGAGGGAGGAGAGAGAGAGACGCCUGCGAGUACUACAGCAGAGGCGCUCGCUGAACGCACACACGCAGCGGCGCAUGAGGAUGUGCUGACGGAGCCUGACGGCAGACGCCCGCAGCAGGUGAAGACAAAUGAUCCUGAGGAUGAUGGGGACUUCGUCAGAACUCAGUGUUUGAUACAGACACAGGACAUGGACGACUCUGAUCAUGAGGAGUGUCGGCUGCAGUUGGAGGCUCAACGCAUCAGUCUGUCUCAGAUUCACGCCGCUCAGCUGGAGCUGCUCAGAGAGAGUCUGCAUGCGCAGACAGCGGCACAACUGCGCAGUCGAGAUCAGGAGCUGCAGGAUGCACAUGAGAGAGAGCUGCUGUGUUUGCAGGAGGAGAUGAGGAGCGAGCAGCAGGAGGUCAGGGGUCAGUCUGCAGAGUUUCAGGAGCGACACAGACAGGAGACGGAGCGACUGAAGAUCUACUAUCAUCAGCAGAUGAAGGAGACACAGGAGCGCUGCACCGCUGACAUUCUCCUGCUCGAGAGAAGACUGCAGGAGCUCACAGGAACACAACAACUCUUCAGCAUGCCAAGCGUCUCUCCACCUCUGACGACAGAUCAACCGUGUGAACAUGAUCAGGAUCAAGAGUCUCUCUCUACUGAAGUCGAGGCAGGUCUGACACGUGAGCUGCAGGCGGUACAGGAAGCUCAGAGCGAGAGCGAGCGUCAGAUGAAACAUCAUCAAGAGUUGCUGGAGGAGGAGAUCGCAAAGGUAAUCGUGCAGAUGUCUGUUGAAUUUGCUCGGCACACGGAACACACGAGACUCAGCAAAAAGGCCCGGGAGACGAGCGCAUCCACACAGACACUGAACGCUGAAGAUCACACACUGACUGACCAUCAUUCUGAUGCUGUAACCAUGGCAACAUCACAGCACCACACACAGGGACCAGAGGAGGAUGAUGAUGAUGAAGAGCAGCGUCCGGCCGUGCCACUGGAGGACUUUGGUUCAGAGCUCGUCCAGCAGGAGGAGGAACACACGCGUGUGCUGGAGGCUCUCAGAGCAUCACACACACAUCAGAUGGAGAUUCUACAGGAGCAGAACACACAUCUGACGACACAGAUACACACACUCAACCAGCAGCUGAUACAGAGAGAGCAGGAGCUGAUGAGAGAGACACAGAGAGAUGAUCUAAUGCAUCCCAGCAUGCAAAGCAGCAGCACACAGACAGAGCAGAAGCGCGAUGAAGACGAGGAGACGAAGAGCAGAGGUCGCGAGGAGCCCGUGACAUCACAACAAGCUGCACAAGAACUCUUCUCUGAUGUCAUCAUUGCAGAGAGAGACUUGUUGCGUAAAGCAAACGCUCGUCUGCGUCAGGUGCUGGUCGACGUGCUGAAGACGACCGCGGCUGCGGAGGAAACCAUCGGGCGUCAUGUGGAGGGAAUCCUGCAGGGGUCCAGUAAAGAGAGCUUUAAAGCGUUCAGCGCACCUGCAGGAGACGCGUCCUCUGAAGAUGUCGGCGUGUUUUCAGGGGAGUUGGACACAGAAGAAGGGCUGGAGAGGAGCCAGGGGGUGGAGCUACAGCUGCAGGAGGCGGAGUUUGAGCUGGAGAGGGAGGAGCAUCUGAUGAGCAUCAGCACACGACUGCAGAGCGCAGUGAAGAAACUUCUCAUCACCAUCACAGAGACGAGCACGGAGCUGGAGCAUGCACACAUCACACAGACGGAGCUGAUGCGAGAGAAGUUCAGACACAAUGAGGAGAUGGAGGAGCUGGUCAUCAGACAGGAGGAGCUGCAGGAGCGUCUGCGUGAGGAGGCGCGGGGUAGAGAACAGCUGGCGCUGGAGCUGCACAAGGCUGAAGGUUUGAUUGACGGUUACACAGGUGAGCGUUUAGCUCUGGAGCAGCAGGGGAGAGAGCGCGCAGAGCUGCAGCGGCAUCUUGAACAGGAGCUGCGCAUCACCAGCAACCGUCUGCACGAGCUGGAACACGAGAGACAACAGAUACAACAGGAACGAGAGCUGCUGUCACGACAACAAGACGCCAUGAGAGACGGGGCGGGGUCACGAGAGCUGCGACUAGUUGAAGCUGCGCUUGAUGCAGCACCUGAAGCAGAUCUGCUGGGGGAGACGGAGAAGCUGAUGGCAGAGAAGGUGGAGGUGCAGCGGCAGGCGCAGAAGGAGAGCGGCGAGCUGCUCCUGCAGGUGAAACAGUUGGAGGCGGAGCUUGAGGAGCAGGUGAACCGCGUGCAGGAGCUGGAGGAGACGCGCGGGACGGAGGCGGCCGACCUCACGCAACAGAUUCAGGCCUUAGAGAAACAGCUGGAGAAGAACCGCAAGUUCAUGGACGAGCAGGCGGCGGAUCGAGAACACGAGCGAGACGUCUUCCAGCAGGAGAUUCAGAACCUGGAGCAACAGCUGAAGAAUCCCCAGAAAACCCAGACGGGGAGUGAGCGCAGAGAGCGAGAGGUACAUGAUCACAAGUCACCGGCGGGAGAAACACUAGAUAUUAAAACAGCGCCAGUGAUGGAGAGGUCUGCAAACAAGCAGAAUGACCUCUCAGAACACCUUAGCGACCACUGUUGUCAGGUUAACUCCAGCAUUGCAGCAGUGAAAGUCACACAAGCUCCGCCCCCUGAUGUGGUUGAGGAGGUUCAGCAUGUGUCUAUGGCUGGCAGUGGGGGGGACGUCACACUGGAGGAACAGCUGCAGACAGAGAAAGAAGCUCUGGACAGGAAGGAGAAAGAGAUACUGAAUCUGGAAGAGCAGUUGGAGCAGUUCCGUGAGGAGCUGGAGAAUAAGAGUGAGGAGGUGAAUCAACUUCACAUGCAGCUGGAGAUCCAGAGGAAAGAGAUCAGCAGCCACCAGCACGACCUGCAGGCUCAGAGCCGACUCACACAGGUGUUGGAGGAGAAAGACGGUCAAAUAGCCGUUCUUAACGCACAGAUCAGUAAACUCCAGCACACAGGAACAGACACUCAGAAUGAGGCGGUGCAGGAGAAGAAUGAAGUUGUCCGUGAGCUGGAGUCUCAGGUGGAGCAUCUGAGGAAUGAACAGGAGCGUCUGAAGAGAAACAACGAGGAGGAGAUGGACCAGCUGAACGCAGUGAUCGAGAAACUCCAGCAGGAGCUGUUGAACAUCGAGCACAAACAGCCUCAUGAGGAGGAGACGUCUGUGGGGAAAGAUGAUUACCACGAGAUGAAGCAGAAAAUGGACGAGGUCACCAAAGAGCUUGACACGCUUAAAUCCCACCAGCGCUCACUUCUAAGCAAAUAUGAAGAUCUGCAAGAGGAGGCGCUCGCCGGGAGACACGCUGAGACAGUGGCGGAGCUGCAGGAGGCGCUGCGGGAGAAGACUGCUGCGUUUGUGGUGGGUCAGGCUCAGGUUCAGGCGCUGGAGGAGAGCGCCAGUUCAAAGGUCAUGGAUCUGAGGCAGCGUGUUGAAGAACUGGAGAUGUGUGUGGAGGAGAAAGACUCUGAGCUCCGUGUGUGCAGAAUGAAGGUGGAACGAGCACAGAGUGAUGCUGAAGCUCUCUUCUGUAAAGUCGCACAGCUGGAGGAAAAACUCAGAGAGAAGGUGGCAGCUGUUCUAGUCGCUCAGGCUCAGCUCGGAGCCAUCCAGACACAAAGCAAAGAGCUCCAUGAUGAGGCUCAAGACGUUACGUCAAAACUUUGUGGCACCAGGACGCAGCUGGAGCCUGAGGGUCCCUGGAUGAAGGUGCAGUCUAAGGACACACAGUCACAGUCUGAGGGUCCCAGUGUGCAGGUUGAGUCUGAUGGUCCAAAAACACAGUCUGAAGGUCCCGGUGUGCAGGUGGAGUCUGAGGGUCCCAAAACACAGUCUGAGGGUCCCAAAACACAGUCUGAAGGUCCCAAAACACAGUCUGAAGGUCCCAAGGGACAGUCUGAGGGUCCCAAAACACAGUCUGAAGGUCCCAAGGCACAGUCUGAGGAUCCCAAAACACAGUCUGAAGGUCCCAGUGUACAGCUUGAGUCUGAGGGUCCCAAAACACAGUCUGAAGGUCCCAAGGCACAGUCUGAAGGUCCCGGUGUACAGCUGGAGUCUGAGGGUCCCAAAACACAGUCUGAGGGUCCCGGUGUGCAGCUGGAGUCUGAGGGUCACAAGACACAGUCUGAGGGUCCCAGUGUACAGCUGGAGUCUGAGGGUCCCAAAACACAGUCUGAGGGUCCCGGUGUGCAGCUGGAGUCUGAGGGUCACAAGACACAGUCUGAGGGUCCCAGUGUACAGCUGGAGUCUGAGGGUCCCAAAACACAGUCUGAGGGUCCCGGUGUGCAGCUGGAGUCUGAGGGUCACAAGACACAGUCUGAGGGUCCCAGUGUACAGCUGGAGUCUGAGGGUCCCAAAACACAGUCUGAGGGUCCCGGUGUGCAGCUGGAGUCUGAGGGUCACAAGACACAGUCUGAGGGUCCCAGUGUACAGCUGGAGUCUGAGGGUCCCAAAACACAGUCUGAGGGUCCCGGUGUGCAGCUGGAGUCUGAGGGUCACAAGACACAGUCUGAGGGUCCCAGUGUACAGCUGGAGUCUGAGGGUCCCAAAACACAGUCUGAGGGUCCCGGUGUGCAGCUGGAGUCUGAGGGUCACAAGACACAGUCUGAGGGUCCCAGUGUACAGCUGGAGUCUGAGGGUCCCAAAACACAGUCUGAGGGUCCCGGUGUGCAGCUGGAGUCUGAGGGUCACAAGACACAGUCUGAGGGUCCCAGUGUACAGCUGGAGUCUGAGGGUCCCAAAACACAGUCUGAGGGUCCCGGUGUGCAGCUGGAGUCUGAGGGUCACAAGACACAGUCUGAGGGUCCCAGUGUACAGCUGGAGUCUGAGGGUCCCAAAACACAGUCUGAGGGUCCCGGUGUGCAGCUGGAGUCUGAGGGUCACAAGACACAGUCUGAGGGUCCCAGUGUACAGCUGGAGUCUGAGGGUCCCAAAACACAGUCUGAGGGUCCCGGUGUGCAGCUGGAGUCUGAGGGUCACAAGACACAGUCUGAGGGUCCCAGUGUACAGCUGGAGUCUGAGGGUCCCAAAACACAGUCUGAGGGUCCCGGUGUGCAGCUGGAGUCUGAGGGUCCCAAAACACAGUCUGAAGGUCCCGGUGUGCAGCUGGAGUCUGAGGGUCACAAGACACAGUCUGAGGGUCCCAGUGUGCAGCUGGAGUCUGAGGGUCCCAAAACACAGUCUGAGGGUCCCGGUGUGCAGCUGGAGUCUGAGGGUCACAAGACACAGUCUGAGGGUCCCAGUGUACAGCUGGAGUCUGAGGGUCCCAAAACACAGUCUGAGGGUCCCGGUGUGCAGCUGGAGUCUGAGGGUCCCAAAACACAGUCUGAGGGUCCCGGUGUGCAGCUGGAGUCUGAGGGUCACAAGACACAGUCUGAAGGUCCCGGUGUGCAGCUGGAGUCUGAGGGUCACAAGACACAGUCUGAGGGUCCCAGUGUACAGCUGGAGUCUGAGGGUCCCAAAACACAGUCUGAGGGUCCCGGUGUGCAGCUGGAGUCUGAGGGUCCCAAAACAAAGUCUGAGGGUCCCGAUGUGCAGCUGGAGUCCGAGGGUCCCAAGACACAGUCUGAAGAUCCCAAAACACAGCCUGAGGGGCCCAAAACACAGUCUGAGGGUCCCAUAAUGCAGGUGGAAUCUGAUGGUUCUGGUGUGAAGCUGGACUCUGAGGAUCCCAGUUUCCAGAUUGAGUCUGAGGGUGCCGGUGUGCAGCUGGAUUCUGAGGCAGUAGCAUCAUCCCCUGCUGAUAAAGUGAAUCUCCUGACAGAGAAGUUGAAGGAGCUUGAGGAGGGCUUGAGCGGGAUGCAGAAGGAUCAGGAGUUACAGAAGCAGCUGUUGUGCAGCUCUGAGGAGGAGGUGCAGGAGUAUGAGAGGAGAUUAGCUCUUCUGAUGGACCUGCUGAACCAGAUGAGAACCAAAGCAAGCCAUCACAGACCGGACUCAUCUGAUGAGGUGUCAGGCGGUAAUCAGUCAGUAUCAGAGAUUCUGCAGCAGCUGCAGGAGGUCAAAGGUGAAGCUGCGUCCACUAAAGAAGAGUUGAAGUGCUACAGAGAGUUGAGUCAUAAGCUGCAGGAGGACACUGAGAUGAAGGAGAGCACGAUCACACAGCUCCAGGCGGCUCUCACUCAGAUGUCGGCGGGCACGCGUGAAGAAGACACGGCCGAGGCUGCGAAACUCCUCCAGGAGGUCAAAGGUCAACUGUCAAUCACACAACAAGAGCUGGAGAGUUUCAGAGAUCAGAGCGUCAGACUGCAGGAGCUGCUGCAAGAGAGAGAAAUGAGCAUUGCACUGCUGAAGGAUCAGCUGCACAGACAGACAUCACGAGAGGAGGAUGGGUCGACAUCAGAGCUUCUGCAGGAGUUACAGGAAGUGAAAGAUGAAGCUGCGUCCACUAAAGAAGAGCUGAACAACUACAGAGAGUGCAGUCUCAAACUGCAGGAGCAGAUCGAGGUCAGAGAUGUGUCCAUCGCUCAGCUGAAGGAGGAAGUCCAGGAGCUGCGCGCUUUGACCGAAGCCAGCGAUGAGCCGCCAUCUCAACCCAAAAACAAAAAUGAAGACAACAGAGAGCAUCAUGGGAAAAACAAAACCGGUGACUCGAGUAAAGACACGCUUUCGCUUUCUUACGAACUCUCCAGCGACCAAUCAGAGCGUUUCACGUCCUGCUCGUCUUUGAAUGGGACCCGUUUAACGCCUCGUGUGGAUGCGGAGACUCAGGCAGAUCUGAGCGGAGCUGUGGAUGUGGAGGAGAUGAUCACAGGUUACACGGAGAAGAUCGGACAGAUGCAGGAGCUCCAUGCGGCAGAGAUCAUGGACAUGGAGGCCAGACACAUCUCAGAGAGUGAGAGUUUAAAGCGAGAGAGACAACAGCUGGAGGAGCGGUGCGGUGCACUCGGAGACGCCCUCCAGAAACUCAGAAGCGCUGAGGGUCCGUCAGUGAGAUCCGAACGACCGUCAGUCUCUCCAUUUAAAGAGGGAUACACCAGCGACAGCAGUUCAGAGUGGGGUCAGCGGACGGGUUAUGAUCUUCCUCACCCUCAUCAGGAGCUCAGGACCACACCGGAGGGCGCUCGCAGAGACGUGGAGCCUGACAUUCUGCCUGACAGGAUCAAGACUCUUCUGAGAGAGGUUCAUCAGGAGGGCAUGCAGGUCCUGUGUCUGUCUGAAGCGGAGCGCUCUGGAGAACAACAGCUUCAUCAUCAGACCUGGAGCGUGGAGAGAGAUGCUCUGAUCAAGUCCAUCCAGUCUCUGAUAGAUUUCAUCAGUCAAAUACAGAGUGACACACAGGUUGAUGGUGACUGGCGUGCUGAGCUCCUGUCGGCCGUUCAGCAGGUGUUUGUUAGAGAGCGAGACGUGCUGAAGAACGUUCUUCACUCUCAUGUGGAGCGUCUGGACUCAACUGAUCCUGUCAUUCAUCUCAACCAACUGCUGAGAGAGAUUACAGAACAGGAUGUGCGUCACAGGGAUGUGAUGGGUUUGUUGUGUUCUGCGGACAGAAACAGUCUGAUCACAGAGAUCCAUCAGCUCAGAGCUCAGCGCCACCCUGUGGACACCAGCGCAGGAAACACAGAGAGAGAGUCAGAAGAGCGUCAGACUGAACUCAAACAAACUCAACUAGAGCUGGAGAGCUCACUGAAGUCUCAACACAGACUCAUGAAGGAUCUCGACACACUCAGGGCGGAGAUGUCGCUGAAGACUGCUGAACUGGACGCACUGAAUGACACGCUGGCGAGCGAGCAGAAGAGAGUCAGAGAGCUGCAGUGGCUCUAUGAGAAAGACAAAUGUAAAGCUGACAGGAAACAGGAAGCAGAGAGAGAGGAAGUGGAGGACCUUAAACUGAUGCUGGAAGAACAGCGAGCUCGUGUGGCUGAGCUGUCGAGUGCUCUGGAGAGAGAGACACAGAUGACCAGAGAGCAGACAGACGGAGAGCAGGGGUGUGAGGUCAGCGUCUCCUCAGAGCUGCAGGUGCAGUUAGAAGCUCAGAGAUGUCGUGCCGCUGAGCUCAGCAGUGCAUUAGAGAGAGAGAAACAUCUGAACGCGCAGCUGAUGCAGCAUAUGCAGACCAGCGUCACUCCUGCAGCCGGCACACAUGACACACUCCUGCAGGCUGAAGCUACCUGUAGUCAGGUGGAGGCCGGUGUUCUCUCUGUGGAGUCUCUGCUGCAGACGCUGCAGGCGCAGCUGGCUGAGAAGCAGACGCAGGUGGUGCAGCUGAUGGAGCAGAUGGAGAAACAGAAAGUGGACGAGCUGCAGCGCAGACGACAGUUUGAGGAGGAGAAAUCCUCUCUGACCCGCUCCGCCGCGCAGGACCAGAGCGAGCUGAGGGCGGCUCGAGACUCCGUCGCUCGUCUGGAGAGACAGACGGAUGACCUGCGCGUGCAGCUGGACGCAGAGAGAGACGACCUGCAGAGGCUGGAGAGAGAGCGAGACAGACUGCAGGAGCGAGUGAGACAGCUGGAGGAGAAAUUAAGACUCGUGGACAAUAAGGAGAGCGUGCGGUCAGACGGUCAGUCUGCGGAUCGAACCCUCGACUGGGUGUUACAGCAGAAGACCAGUGAGACGCAGGACUCCAGCACACCGACAGGAGCCAAUCAGAGUUCAGAUCCUAAACACGUCAACAACAUCCUGAACCGACUGCAGCUCAUCGCUGCUAAAAUCACCAGUCUGACCAGUGACACGCCAGACAGGUUAUCUGUUGAAGCUGCGGACCGGGACAUUCUGACCUGGCUGCACAAUAACGUACAGGAUGUGAUGUCACUGUUACAGCAUAUCCCAUCAGCCCCCUCUGCUCUCCUGGAGGUGUCUCUCAGGAGCAGUGCGGAGCGACACGAGAGCGAGCGAGACGCCUGGAUUCACGAGAGGAGUCGUUUAGAGAAAUCCCUCCGUCGGGCCGAAGCUGAACUGAGUCGUGUGAGAGCAGACAUUCGUUCUGAUGCGCUCCGAGAUCUCACAGGAUGUGAUGUGGACAGCAGCGCGCUGAAGAAGAUCUACAGCAAAUACCUGCGCGCUGAGAGCUUCCGGAAGGCUCUGAUAUAUCAGAAGAAGUAUCUUCUGCUGCUGCUGGGAGGAUUUCAGGAGUGUGAGGAGGCCACGCUGUCCCUCAUCGCCCGCAUGGGCGGCCACCCCACACACGCCUGUCUGGAGUCUCUCGGCCAUCCACGCAGAGGCUUCACUCGCUUCCGAUCGGCUGUGCGCGUCUCCAUCGCCCUCUCCAGGAUGAAGUUUCUGGUGAAGCGGUGGCAGAGAGCAGCUGGUGGUUCCCUCACGUCUCAGAUCAUCAGCAGGAACGGUCAGAUGACAGGUGCUGACGUGAGGAACGAGUCUUCGUAUCUGCAUCCAGGCGGUGUGGAUGCGUUCAGAGAGAGACGAGCGGGCAGCCGCGGGCGCACAGGACGAGAAUCGCCUCGAUCUGCAGCGUCGGUCACACACAGGUAUCACAGUAUGGCAGGUGACCCCGGAGGUUUGUCUUGUUCUCACCUGCAGAACUAUGACCCCGAUCGAGCUCUCACAGACUACAUCUCUCGUCUGGAGGCCCUACAGAGACGACUAGGAAGUGUGCAGUCAGGUUCGACCGCUCAGAUGCACUUUGGAGUCAGAAGAUAGAUGAUCUUGGUUCACAUUUAUAAACUCGGUUGCCUUCUCUCGUGCUGAGCUGCUGUGCUUUUGUAUUCUUUACUAUGAUGUGGACUGCUUCGUGGGACCAAAAAGACCUUUUGUUUGCGCGUCGUCUUAUAAUCAGGCUUUCUGGCAGCAGCUUCAAUGUCUGUACAUUAGUUCUGUUUGAUUUGUUGUUAACGAAAACCAAUCCUGCUGUUGAUGUAUAUUUGUGGAAUGAUAAUUCAGUUGAUUUAUUUAAGCGUUUGAGAGAGUUUGGUGGAUCAGGUGGGCUGCUAUCGGACUCUUGAUAACACACCUGCGUAAUAAAACACUAAGAGAACGUGACGUGUGAAUGUUAUUUAUAUCUGAUGAAGAGUGCGGUCGUGUUGUGUUAUCAGAUCCUCUACACACUGUGUUUUAUUCGCUCCCACGAACAGACCACAGAGGACAUUUGUAGAAGACAUAUUUUUGUAAAGGUAGGAGGUUUGGAUUUUAUGGGUAUUUUGUCAAAACUGAAAUAAAGAUUAAUAUAAUAUUCGAAAA